AAACUGUCGUUGGUAUCGUCAUCACCAAAACACGUGCUGGUUUGAUUUGAUCUUUGAUGUGAUGUGAGCUCGAAGAUCACACAUGUGUUUUUGUUUGUGAAACAUGCAAGCCCUCAUUAUGCAUUCUUCACCACUUUACUGAACCACAUCGGAGAAACAGGAGCUGUAGAUGCUUGGUUUUUGACAGCGAAAUCUCUGUCACUGAGGUGCAUCACUCGUUCACCUAAAAACUCGUAGACAUUAUGUUGUAAAUACUAAUCAACGUCCAGUCCCGGCUUACCGCUUGCAACUAGUAUAAUUCCUGAAACAUGGGAGACCCGACAGAGUAUUAUGCAAAGUGCGCGGAAGUGGUAGCAGGAGAAAGCUCAAAUAAAAGUGAUCCCGUCGAAAAUGGUCAUGACCUCGCCGGUGUUCAACUGUCUCGAAAGCGCCCUCCAUCGGAUGACGAUACCCAUGGCCCAGUGAAGUCUAAUAAGAUUGAAGACUCACCGCUUUUCGCCGGCAUGAGGUUCCCUCAUGACGUGCCGUUGUUGAAGCUGCUGAACUCUCGAGCUGACGAAAUAGCAGACAUAGUAAAGAACGUGGAACAGAAGCAUCCGAAGCUCAUAUCGCAGCAACUGCCGCGGCAUAUGAGAAGACGUGCAGUGAGCCACGACAAGCGUAGACUGCCGAAACGUCUCAAAGACAAGUUGGGCUUCGAGCCUGCACCGCCAAAGGGCAAACGACCCAGCAGGAAGCACAGGAGACGACCUCGGAACCUGUUGGCUGAAUACGCCCGCAGGAGUCGUAAGCACGUCUGGCUGGAAACCCACAUCUGGCAUGCCAAGCGGUUCAAGAUGGCAGAAAUGUGGGGAUACAAGAUACCGGUGCACCCCUAUGACAAGGGAAUCAGGGCAGCUUAUCGUGGUGCUGCUCAUCAUGUUUUACUUCACGACUUGUCGUUCUACAACUGCGUAGAAUUAAUUGGAAAACAGGAAGAUCUCUUAGAAAAGCUCUCUCUCGUAACUUCAUCGAACACAGGUCUGACUUUUAAGGCAAAGGUCUACGUUUCGGGAAAGGAAGAAGGUUCGACCGUGCUCUACAGUAAGUCCAGCUACCCGUUUGGAGCAAUUGGAAAAGUUAAGUUCAUGUGGAGACCUCUUGCGAGCAACCAGAGAACAGAGUCCCAUAAUCGACAGCUUUGGAUUUGGGUCCAUCCAUCGAUACAUGCUCAAGUCACGGAAGAAUUUAUCGGGUUGUUCGAACUUAAGAAAGUCGAAUCUGCGGAUGCGGACCACUGUGGUUCUACAGAUGGGGCAAAAGCUGACACCACAACGGACCACUUCGAACGAACCGUCCUCUACGCUGGCGAAAGGGUCUCGAUGAUUCUUCUCAAAGACAAUCUGGUCCGAUUUUCACUUACCGGACCGCUAGCCAGAGCAGUGUUGACAGCGGCGUUCACACCUUCGACAGUGGGUGGGGUGGAAUGCGUAAAUGAAAAGUGUUGGUGGAAGACUUAUUAUCGGGAGGAAGGAAAGGGUGCUCAAGACAAGCUUUGGGAUCAAAUCAGGACCAAGGAGCUGCGGGAAAGCAGUCUUCCGCAAAGGUGCAUCUUGGGUCAGGUCGUGCGGGAUCCUCGGCUGCUGUUGCCGAAGACACGGACUAAAGUGGAUGACGAGUCCACCGAGGAACAGUCCACAAGACGACACACUCCCUACGAGCUGGACCCUUCCUUGAGUGAUUCUCCCAUUUGGAACCCAGCGGUUCGAGACGAAGUCACUCUUUCGAAGGUGUCAGAGUGUCAGCUCAACUUCCUGCGUUCGCAGAACACCCUUCCCGGUACACCGAUAGAGCUGGGAGACAAGGAGUCACGUGUUCCCAUUCUCGCGAUACGCAAAGCAGGGUCAAAAGAUAGAGGCUUCGGGCAAGGUUGGGACGUCAUCCUUCCAUCAGGGUGGGCAAGACCCUUCUGGAUCGCAUUAAUCUACAGGGGAGCACGUGCAGCUGGUCUGCGUGAAUUGCGCAGCAUGACGCUGCAAAUGGGAGAACUCUGCUUUCCAUUCGAGCACCCCGACACUAAAGCAACGCGGAGCUUCGAGGAGGAGAACAGGAAGGAGCUGAUGGCGAAACACUAUCGGUACCCACCGGACAAGCGCCCCUCUUUCCAGAAGCUCGGAGUACUCUGCCCCUACUUCUUCCCUUGGACCCAACUUCUUCGUGAGUGGUCUACCACACUUCCACCUCAGCUUACGAGUGGUGGUACUGGAGAUAGCUUCUUUGUGAUCAACGAUCGUCGGAUACUACGAGCAAUCGGCUGCACUUUUGACAAACUGUCAGCAAAGAACCCACCUUGCAUCCGCACAGCUUUAGAGAACGUGUGCACGAUGGCAAAAACAUCAAAUCUGAACCUCGCACAGUCCCUCGUGGCAGUGCACCUUCGGAGCACGGGUAAAGGUGUCCCGAAACGGUUCGAUUUCAUCUGCAUUCCCACCGAAAACGACAACGAUAAGCAAAUCCCAUUCGAGAAACUGCACAGGGUUGCGAAGCAGCCCAAAAAGGACAAGAAAGCGCCAAAGCCGACGCAGGAGGAACUGUUGCGCAGACCCGAAGUGAACGGCGUAGUCGACCAUUGCUCGCGUAAGCUGCUCGGAUUCGUCGUGAACGGAGACCACUGUUUCUCGACCGCGCGUGGACACGCGGUGGGAUACUGCGCGCUCGCGGCACUCUUCUCGCUAGCGGAAGAGGCUGUCAAAUCCAAGACUGGACCCGUGGUUUUGUACAGGCAUCAGCAUUCUCAACAGUACAGAUUCGCUAGACUUGGGAUCCUGGGCGUGUGAGUGCUGCUGUGCCAUGGCAGAGAGUAACUGCGGUGCAGUAAAGUUAUUUCACUGUUUUGCA